UCGAUCUGUCUUUGAGAAUCUGUCAAACGCCAUAAAAUGCAAAAUGGCCACGUUUGAUUUCAACGACGACAAUUUAUCGCAAAGUUCGCAGUUAAAUGACAGAACAGAAUGGGUCCCGCUCUCACUAACCCUAGUCGAAUACCCCAAAGGUGAUUUCUUGGGAAAAUUCCUGGCGUUGAUCAGUUUAGCUCCCUUUGGGAUCGGGGCCGGCUUCAUAGCUUUAAUUUUAUUCCGAAGAGAUUUACACACGAUAACGUUCUUUCUGGGGACGCUAUGUUCAGAGGCGCUGAACUACUGCCUCAAGCACACGAUCUGUGAGGAAAGGCCGAUACGAAGGUCCGACUUGUACGAAGAGUACGGAAUGCCGUCGUCGCAUGCACAGUUCGUGUGGUUCUUUGCCACAUACGUUAUAUAUUUCGUCAUCAUUCGGUUGCACCACAUGAACAACAACACUAUAAUCGAGAACAUGUCGAAGAUCCUGAUAAUCUCGUCAUCGCUACUGAUGGCCCUCCUCGUGUGCGUCAGCCGCAUCUACCUGCAGUACCACACGAUAUCCCAGGUCCUGUGUGGGGCCGUCGUGGGCGUCUUCUUCGCAACUAUCUGGUUUGCGGUCACUUACCUCGUGUUCACGCCCGUUUUCCCGCAAAUCGUCAGCUGGAAGCUCUCAGAGAUCCUGUUGCUGCGGGACACCACCCUCAUACCCAACGUGCUGUGGUUCGAGUACACCAACACGCGCCAGGAGGUUCGAGCCAGGAGUAGGAAACUGGUCAGUAUGAAGUCACAAUGACAUCUGCUGGAGGACGGUUUCCGCUUCGCUCUACCGUACCGCUUGGUCAGGUGCUUGAAGCAGUACUGGCCCAGAAAACGGUAAUGCGAACGAAGCCGUGUCAAAAACAAUCAAUAGUUAUUUUUAUAAGCAGCUUUUGUAAGUCAGAUUGUCAAUUGUGACAAGUCGGUUUUUUCCUGUGACUAUAUGUUGUAGUUGAUGUCGGGGGCUUGUAAUCUACCCUAAGUGUGUAACUUUUCUACUAUUGCAAUACUGUGCCCAGGGUCUGGGAGGCUUGGUUUCUUGUUGAUAAUUGAUGAGUUUAUUCGAGAUAGUGUUUUCACCUACGACGUAGGACAAGCGACUGAUUCAUUCAUUCGAUAAGACUUCGAUGCGCCUCCAAAGACAUGACAAACACCACAAGAGGCAGUUAGGUCAUUUAUUAGUGAAAUAGUUGACGUAUUGGUAGCUUUCCUUCUUGUUGACUUUGUUGUUAUUUUAUCGAUUCCAUUUAGGAUAAGUGAUCAUUAUUAGGUGUAGUUUUUGCUUGCAUUUACUCGGGUGGCCAGUCUGCAGCCGCAAACGACGGAUUUUCGUGGCGACGUUAAAAAAAAUUAGUUCGUUUCGGGCACCUCAAGUCCGACAAGCGAAAAGAGGGAUUCGCCAUAACUUGACAAGUCGAUCGAGUUGGGUUAUAUUACAUUUUUAUGAUUACCUUUUUUAUUAUUGGCUCGUGAAAUAAGUCGGAAGUUUUAUCCGAAAGGGCAGAUAACACCAACUUUUUUCGUUUUUUAGUAUUUUUUAAGAAUGUGUAUUUUAGUCGUUGACGUCCGGUGUUUUAAUGAUAUAAAUAAUCGCUGUGUUCUCUACUAAAUAAUGUGUAUGUCAAAUUUUAGCAGCUUAUUUUGCGAAAUAAAAGUAGGGGGGGACAGUAAGCCUUAGGUGAAACAGCCUGUAUAUAAUUUUGUUUGACUAAAAUAAUUCCAGGGAGAUCUGAGCAAAUAUGUGAACUAAUAUAUGUUUAUCAAGAAUAUUGGAAGAACGUUAAAAUUAUGUUACAUUUUACAACGAAAUAAUUAACAGCGUCACGGUCAAGUGUCAGGUGACUUAAAAAAAAAGAAACUGUACAACCUCUUAAAUUUUCUAUUGUUAUUUCGCUUUAAUCUAGAGCGCCAUAUUUUUUGUCUUCCUUUGAAACGUCAAUUUUUUAAAUUUUAAUUUUAUCGUUACACAAUAGCUCUCCAAGAGCCACAAAUGUUACAAAAAACAAAAGACAUUAAGUGAAAAAGAUAUUUUAAGCAUAGCAGGAACCUAUAUUAGUGUGUCUUGAUAUUAUUGUAGCGUAUUUUUUCUAUAUACACAAUACAAAUUCAAUUGCGAUGCUUCGUCUUGGCGACAAUUGCACAACACUGCGUUUCAUUAUAUAACGGCUACCGCCUGUAAACAGCAAGCCGUCCGCGUGUCGUUGCAGCCAAGACAGCUACACGAUUGCAACAGCGUGGGCUCAAAAUUGACCAAUCAGAGCCGAGUUUUUUAUAAACGUUUUAACGUCGAUCCUUGAGCUGUAAUAGGUCUGACGUGCAAUAGCGAGCGUGUUUGUAUAUAGAUACUAGAUUAGAGAUAGCUUGGAAUCGAGUCAUUCGCGAACGUGAAGCCAACCGUCUGCGCUGAGCGCACUACUCCUUGAAUUUAACCUGAUAAUUAUUUAAUUAGUAUCUAUUGGGUUUGGUGCAGACGUGCGUCCGAGGAUGACCGAAUUCGAAUAGUGUCGUCGUUUAGUGGCACCUGAAGACUGGCCCCCAUAACUCUCGUACCAUUAUGUAUUUUUUUAUCGUGACAAUACUCAUGCAUUUUCGAUUGCCGAUUUGGGUUUGUAGUAGUGCGUUUCGUAAAUGGCAGCCUUGGACAAGCUGCUUGAUAAAAACACCCCAUUCGCGCCCGUUCACCAAUUUUCUGACAGCAUGCGAGAACACCAUGUAUGUCUGUGAAAUCGCUGCAGAUGAGUCCAUUCGCAUUUCGUUCUCUGAUAUUUAAUUAACAUUCGUAACAAUGUACUUAAUAACCAGUCGACUGAUUUAUUGAAUAGGCGAGGUGUAAUAGCAAAACUAGAGUAGCUAAAAUGUAGCCGUAAAACCGUUGCAAGCAAAUAUGCGUUUCCGGAUAAUUGCUUGCAAUUAAGGGAGUGACUUGAGAAUUCCCCUUAAAGUGCUUUAAAUAGAGAAUAUUCAUGUAUGUUGGUAAGAACCGCCAGCUGAAGGUUGGCGGUUUGUUUCCAGUGCAAUAUACAACUGUCCAUGCAUUGGUUGAGUAGUCGCGACUAAUCCAGAUUACUCGCGGGUACUCGUAGGGGCUUACUGGUGUGUGGACACACGUGGGUUUUUAAUUUGAUUUUUCGAUUCUAAUGGUUCAGGGUAAACUAUUCAAAGUUUCGUUCAAAAAUCAAAUAAAAAAGCGCACAAUGUACAGUUUUCGACCUUUUUUGUGUCAUUGUUUUAUUGUUUGUAUGUUUAUAAAUAAGCAGUAGAUGAAUGUAAAUUUUACUACCAAAUUAAAUAAU